AUGCGUCUCGCUACCGGACCAAACCUCAAAUACACACCCGUUUACCCACCGUUCGUUCCAACCCUCCUCAUCUGCUCUUGCAUCCUAUUCUUCUUCUACCACCUCGUCCCCUCCUUCACCACCGCAACCGAUGACAUCGUCACCCUCCUCGUCGACAACCUCAACCUGCAUCCCUCAGGAAGCAAUGCAUGCACAAAGGAAAUCGGCACCGCACAAUGCUGCAGCCUCUUCCUUGACGCCACGCCCUGCCUAGAUGAAUGCAGAAAAUUCCAUGUCGACCGCGAAACGCUAUCGCUUACACUCGCAUACGACAAUUGCGCAAGCCAAUGCUUGGCUGAGUAUCAUUCUUCUUGUCCCAGCAGCACCACUAGAUAA